UUGCUGUAGCUAUGGUAAAUCGAGUUUUCUGCCUGUGCUGAAUGCAUUAGUCUAAUGAGAUGUUUGCAGCCGGAGAGCGGGGCUGCUGGAGACUCACUGUGAGCUACUAACACACGGGUGGAAGAUUAGCUUUUGUAAUACUCGAUUUGCAUGUACUGAAAGUCAUCUGUCUUCUGAGUCAACAUUCCCGGCCUGGUCAAGAAUCUGAUCAGGGCUCCGGUGAACCAGCCGUAGCACCUCUUCUGCCUGUGAGCGAUUUGUCACUUCCUUCUGUAAGACUGGCACCGGCAGACAUGCAGUCCCAGAGGAUCCCAGGGAGAAAGCGAGGCCGACCCCCACUUCACUCAACACCUAUGAAGAUGGCGGUUCGUAACCUUUAUUCCGCUUCAGCUGGCGCUUUGCCAGCAGUGAAGAUCCCCAAGAAAAGAGGGCGGAAGCCUGGGUACAAGGUCAGCAGAAAGACAGAGCUUCCGGAAGAAUUGGUAAUGAAUUCAACCUUUAUCCCUUUGGUUCUCUGCAGUUCCUCCAACUGCUGGAAAAUAAAAAUGCUCAAGUCUCGGGUUCUUAUGACUCCUUUAGCCCUCUCACCUCCGCGGAGCACACCGGAGCCCGACCUCAGCUCCAUCCCUCAGGAUGCAGCCACCAUACCCAGCUUGGCGGCCCCACAGGCUCUCACAGUCUGCCUCUACAUCAAUAAGCAAGCCAAUGCAGGGCCGUACUUGGAGAGGAGGAAGCUGCAACAGCUCCCUGAACACUUUGGGCCCGAGAGACCAUCGGCGGUCUUGCAGCAGGCUGUGCAAGCGUGCAUCGACUGUGCCCACCAGCAGAAGUUGGUCUUCUCCCUGGUCAAACAGGGCUAUGGCGGUGAGAUGGUGUCAGUCUCAGCAUCCUUCGAUGGGAAACAGCACCUGAGGAGCCUGCCUGUGGUGAACAGUGUUGGGUAUGUCCUUCGCUUCCUCGCCAAGCUGUGCCGAAGCCUCCUGUGUGAUGACCUCUUCAGCCACCAGCCCUUCUCCAGGGGCUCCAGUGGCUCUGGGGAAGCCCAGGAGAAGAAGGAAGGCAGGAUGGAGUCAGCAAAAACAGCCACCACUGAGGAGUGCCUGGUGAAACCUGUAGGCAUGAACCGCUACAGCGUGGACCCCUCCACCUCCGCCUUUAGCCACAGGGGCUCCUUCCCCACCUCCUCCUCGCUGUACUGCAAGAGGCAGAACUCUGGAGAUGGCCAUCUUGGGGGAGGCCUGGCCACCACUGCCAAUGGUCCCCGUUCCAGCCCCAUGUCCUCUGGAGGCCCCUUGGCACCUGGGCUGAGGCCCCCAGGCUCCAGCCCCAAGAGAAACGGGACCUCUCUCGAAGGAAACAGAUGUGCCUCGAGCCCUUCCCCCGACGGGCCAGACGCCAGGCAGCCACGGAGCAGGAACCCUUCCACCUGGACUGUGGAGGAUGUGGUCUGGUUCGUGAAAGACGCUGACCCGCAGGCUCUGGGUCCACACGUGGAGCUCUUCAGAAAGCACGAGAUUGACGGCAAUGCUCUCUUGUUGCUGAAGAGUGAUAUGAUCAUGAAGUACUUGGGUCUGAAGCUGGGACCUGCACUGAAACUCUGCUACCAUAUCGAUAAACUGAAGCAAGCCAAAUUCUGAAGGUUUCUCAAAAGAUGGAAGUGAAGUCCAGACAAGCAGGUCUCAGGAUCGUCUUCUGCCUUACCAACAUCCAGCCGCCAUCACAAAAUGGCUUCUCUCCUGAAAAAUAACAUCCACAAAGACUGGGUCUUUUUCUAAAACUUGUGCAUCUCUGCCUUUUAAAAAAUUCAACAUGGCCCUUUCAAAAGGCUCCUCUAUGUUAAUGAUUUGCCAAAAAUUAAUGGAAAAGCCUAUUAUUUUAGCAUUCCUGGUAGCUCGGUUGCUGUGAGUAGGGGUCCUGUCUUUAUGAUGAGAGAUCAGGGACCCCAAUGCUACUGCCCAAGGAGAUCCCUGGAGGGUUCCACGGAUGUGAGAAGAAAAGACCUUUGUCUCUACGGGAACUCCACCAUAGCACCACCCGUUUUAAACGUUUUUAACUCUGCCCCAGGAGACCUGUCAUUGUGAGCCUUGCUUAAUUCAGCUCUGGAAGCUGUCUUCUGAGGAAACAUGCCUCCUCACCUUGCACUAUCUGGAAAACUUGAAUUCUUUUGCUCUCUGAAAGAGAAGGAAAAAAAAAAAUCUUUUCUAUUCCGAGUUAAUUGAAGUACUGUGUUGUGCCACUAGGGGGCAGACUGCUAAUGAAGUUUCAAGACCCUCCCAGCAGCAGCCUGCUGAUUUAGUACUCACUGGGCGGGUUAGGGUCUCUGUGGACUAGAUCUAGCCCACACAGAUAUGGGGAAUUUCUUCUACAGUCAGCACCACAGAUUGCAACAUGGGGAAGAAACUAUCUUCUAGAACGUUCUAGUUCAUAUCCAGUCAUUAUUGACUGACUGUGAUGCACAAGCAGCAAAGGCAAAAAUUUAGAAGUAUGUUCUUCCCAGAUGGGGCUUUGGAAUUCCCUCCCUUUCAGAGUCCUCACUGGGGUGUCGACGUGUUGGCGCGCAGAAGAGUCGUACUGACAUUUAGCCAUGGGUGUUUCUUU